AAAGAUUCUUGCAGGAGCUCAACUUGGGCGCAUAUCGGCUGCGUGCAUGCUGUUCCACUCUGCACCCCUCUGGCUCCUGGGGGUGGCUGUGGGCGUUAUCCUGCUGCGGGGAAACUGCUGCAGCUCUUCCAAACAUUCCCUGUCUUAUUCCUACCUUCAAGUGUCAGGGCCCAGCCAGGAGCUCCCCCAGUUUCUCUCCAUGGUCCACUUGGAUGACCAGCCCAUCGCUCGCUAUGACAACCACACCAGGAUGUUCGAGCCUCUGGUGCCCUGGAUGGAGAUGGCGAAGAUGAAAAGCUAUCUGGACCCUGACUGGGUAUUCAGGGCUGACCUGAAAAGUCCACAAAAUGGCCACCCCCAAAAUGAAGGGCUUCACACCUGGCAGGCGAUUUUGGGCUGUGAACUCAGGGAAGAUGGGAGCAAAGGAGGAUAUUUCCACUAUGGCUACGAUGGGAUGGACUUCAUCAGCUUCGACGGUGAGACCUUCAGAUGGGUGACAGCUCAGCCCCAGGCCCAGAAGGUCAAGGAGGAGUGGGAGGAUCAUCCAGGAUGGUUCCAGGAAAAUAAACACUUCCUGGAGGAGACUUGCCCUGUGUUGCUGACGAAAUACCUGUCCUUUGGGAAGGAAGCUCUAGAGAGGACAGAGCCCCCAGUGGGGAAGGUGAAUUCAAAGGUGGUGGAUGACAGCCUGGAGGUCCUCACCUGCCAGGCCUUUGGCUUUUACCCCAAGGAGAUCCAGACCACCUGGACCAGGGAUGGAGAGGCCUGUGUCUACGAGACCCUCCGUAGGAAUGUGGCCCCCAACUCAGAUGGGACCUAUUAUGUCUGGCUCAGCAUUGAGAUUGACCCCAAGGAGAGGGACCAUUACUGGUGCCAUGUGAUGCAUGACGACUUGCAGGAGCCCCUGCUCUUGGGCUGGAAGGAGAAGCCAGGUGAGAAACUGCAACAUCCGGGUAGGUAGAAAGGAAUUAGCACCCAUGUUGGAAAGAAUGAGGGG